UGAUCAUAUUCCAGUAUGAGGAAGAUCAGGCAGCUGUAUUGGUGUUUGCUAAGCACUAUUCUUCAUGUUCCACACUGCCUACAUUGUGGAAGUGCCUUCUUUUUUAGAGGAAGAAAAAAAUAUUUUAAUGUUUUGUGUGAUGCAGUUCAGCAUCACUGCUUCACAAUAAGGCAGGAUGAACUGACACAUGAAGAAAUAUGGGAUGACACCUUACUGAUCCAGCAAUAUGAUGAGGCAAUGGCAAAGGUGACCUUGAAGAUGGCUCAGCGGACCUCUGUGGCCAACACCACAGAGAGUGAACAGUCAGAGGCCAGUCACAGAGAUGUGGGAGGCCAGGGCCAGCAACAUGGCAUCCACAACACUACCUCCAAUAGCAACAGGAAGAAAAAGAAAAAGAGCAAAAAGAAACAUAAUUGGCAGAUUGGGAACUACUGCCGAGCGUGUUACACAGAGGAUAAGGAAUGGUACGAAGCUACCAUCAUUGCCAUCAAUACCCACACUGCCCGCUGCACCGUCCGCUAUCUGGGCUACAACAAUGAGGAGGAACUACCUCUCAAUGUCCUCCACAAGAGCAAGGGUGAGACAGCACGGCGAAGGCAGCUGGAGAUAGCCGCAUGUGAUGCCCUGUCAGAGAUGGAUCAGUGUAGCUCAGUGGCAGAGAGUGAUCAACAAUCUGACACAGACUGUGAAAAGAACAGCAAGAGACAGCGGCUGCCCUCUGAUCAGUACACUCCACACAACAUGAUGCCUCCCCCAAACUACCCAUCAGGUGGACUCAGCACUCCUCCGCCACAUCUUCCUUUGCUGCCACCACCCCCAGCCCUCGCCCUGGAUACCAGUGGGGAUCCCCAGACAUCAGAGGCACUACAUACUAUGCUCAUGAGCUGGUACAUGACUGGCUACCAUACUGGCUACUACCAGGGCAUUCAACAAACACAGGCCAGGCGGAAGAACCGAUAGUAGCAACCUGGGUCACGCCAAGACUCUAGUGGGAUGUACAUCCCACAGUACAGUUGCCUAUACAGAGUGUUGUACCAGAAAGUUUCAUCCCAUGUCAACAGAGGCAUUCACUGGUAGCUGUAGUCAUGGAUUUCAAUGUGUGCAUUCUUUUAACUGUUUUGUUAUGAGAUUAUAUUGUAUAACAUAGGACAGUAUAUUAUAAUAUGCAUAUAAUCAUGCAGAUUAAUUUCAGAAAUAUGAAUAUGAAUGUCUAACUGAAACUUGACUGACCAUCAUUCAAGUGCCCUAAGAGGAGAUGUCAAACAGACAUUUCUCCACCCUUAUUUAUAUAAGUUCAGUAAAAGUUGAUGAAUCAACAAAACAUUGAUGACAAAAUGAUAAGAAUGCGAGUAAAAAAAAUUUGUCGUCUUCAACAAGCCAGACCUACCGCCUGCCCCCCCCCUCUCUCUCUCUCUCUCUCUCUCUCUCUCUCUCUCUCUCUCUCUCUCUCUCUCUCUCUCUCUCUCUCUCUCUCUCUCUCUCUCUCUCUCUCUCUCUCUCUCUCUCUCUCUCUCUCUCUAAUAAAGCUAAGGAUUUUGUUAUAAAAAUAUUUUUCCAAAUAAUCACUGCAUAUUUGUUAACUUGUAAUAUUGCUAAAAAAAAGUCUGGAUUAUCCUUCACUGAAAUUGAAUGAAAGGAAUUCCGCAUCAAAAAGUUUUGGCAUACCAAAAAAUGUAUCUUUUUAAAGCAUUACCAACAUGCAUGAAAGAUAAAUUUGUCUUAAAAUAAAAUAAUGUCUGCCUGCAAUGACAAUCACACCAAUAGUCAUAUUUCAGUGAGAAAUGAGUCAUGAUUAAGAGGUUGCCACUAUGCAGGAUGCUGAAGAAAACUUACUGGACAGUGACAACACUCUGUAUAGGUGAUUUACAUGAAAGUGAUAUUUUUUAGGAACAGUGUUGAUAACCAAUGUUGAGUCCCUCUGAAGACAUAUGUUUGAUAUUGUUGGUAACCUUUUUUUGAAGUAAAGUCAUCUUUUUCA